UAGCAGUUUUUUAUAUUUACUAAAAUAAUUGCAUUUCCAUGUUGUAUGUACUGUGGGAGACCAGAUAUAGUGAAUGCAGGGUCCGGGGAGAUCAGAUAUAGUGAAUGCGGGGUCCGGGGAGACCAGAUAUAGUGAAUACAGGGUCCGGGGAGACCAGAUAUAGUGAAUGCAGGGUCCUGGGAGACCGGAUAUAGUGAAUGCAGGGUCCGGGGAGAUCAGAUAUAGUGAAUGCGGGGUCCGGGGGAGACCAGAUAUAGUGAAUGCGGGGUCCGGGGAGACCAGAUAUAGUGAAUGCGGGGUCGGGGAGACCGGAUAUAGUGAAUGCAGGGCCCGGGGAGACCAGAUAUAGUGAAUGCAGGGGUCCGGGGAGACCAGAUAUAGUGAAUGCAGGGUCCGGGGAGACCAGAUAUAGUGAAU